AUGAGCGCCAACCCCCAGUGGGACAUCAGCAGGGCUCUGGGGGUGGCCAGGCUCUUCCACCUGGUGUGUGGGGUCCAGGAUGCCUGCGUGACCCCGUUCCUGACCCUCUACCUGAGGCAGCUGGGCUUGACCGCGCCCUGGGUGGGCAUCCUGCUGGGAAGCAAGCACCUGAUCGCAGCCUUCUGGGCUCCCGUCUGUGCCUUCCUGGCCAAAAGACACCAGAAAAGGAGAAUGCUUCUGAUAGGCUCGCUGCUGGGCUCGGUGGGAGCCAGCCUGUUGAUGGUCCUGGUCCCACCGUCGGACAAAGAUCUGGUGUACGGCUCUUGUAAUGAAAGCGGGAGUGUGACCACCACCGCCCUACCACUGGGGGUCACACUAACUGUGAACGUCACCUCGUCCCAAGAGUCUGCCUCAAACCGCCCAGCAGGGGCCCACAGCCUUCCAGCCGAGAGGAAUACUGGAGUUGUAGAACCCUCUGGCUUCAGAAAUGGACCUGGUGAUAGUGACCAAGAAACUUUCCGUGACCCACAAAGCUACGUGGGGGGCUCCACUGAAGGACCCAGGACCUUGUCCCAAGUUCUCCUUCAUCCUAUGACUUCAGGAGUGAAAGAUGAUUCCUGGGAAGGUGAUUUUGAGGUGGUCAAUACUGCCCUCCCUUUGCUUCCCGGGGUCACAGUGCUGGGAAGUCCAGCCAACUUUUCAGUGGCCCACAGGAAAGCCCAGGCCCUUGACCUUUCCUUGGAAGGGUUGUGGUGGACUUUCAUCCUCUCCUUGGGGUUCUUGGUGUUCUGGGAGCUGCUGACAGCCCCUCUAGAGCAGGUGGCAGAUGACAGCCUUUAUGAAUACCUGGAUUUUGUGGAUGCCACUGACCGAUACAGAAACCUGUGGAUCUGGAGGUUGCUAGGGAUGGCAGCAGGUGUGUGUGGCAUCGCAGCCUUGGUGGGGCAGCUGGACUGCUUCCUGAUGACAAAUGGCCCCCGGGGUGUGGCACACUUCUACGGCUACUCACUCGUCAGCACCCUGGCCUUACUGGUGAGCAUUGCCUUUCCUAUCCCCAUCUGCCGGCAGCGGGAGCCCAGCUACAAAGCCAUCAAAGCACUGUCUCUUGUCGGGGGUGACCCCCACCUCGUUUUCUUAGCCUUCACUGUGUUAUUGAUAGGGGCCGUCACCAGCACUGUGCAGAACUUCCUGUUCUGGCACAUGAAGGAUCAUGGGAGCAGCGAGCUGGUCAUGGGUUUCUCAGUGGCCCUCAGCUUGCUGGGGGAAAUUCUGCUCCAUCCAUUCAAAACUACGUUGCUUAGGAAAUUGUCCAGAGUGGGCACAGUGGGGCUGGGGCUGGGCUGCCUCGCUGCGCAGCUGCUCUACUACUCCUUCCUCUGGAGCUGGUGGUCUGUCCUCCCUGUUCAGAUCAUGAGUGCUGUCAGCAACGGGGCUCUGUGGUGGGCAGUGGAGGCCUCCAUAGAGGACCUGGCCACUCCCGGCUUGGAGAGGCCUCUGAGUGCUGUGUACCGAGGCCACUUCUACAGGGGUGGCUCUAGUUUGGGCAGCUUUGUGGGGGGCUUCGUGGUGAUGCGCUUCAGCCUGGCUGUGCUCUACCAGGCCUGCAGUGUGGCCCUGCUGCUCUGGCUGGCCUUGCUCCUAUCCAUCCAGUCAAAGCUGCCCCAAGAGCGGAAAAUCAACUACUCAAAGUUGCUGGCCGUGGAGGCGAGUGAUACCAGUGACUCGGAGCAGGGGACAGAACGAGACUGGCUUGUGAAGGCCAUGAGGGAGGAACACUCAGACUGGAAGGGCUGA